AAUUUGGGGGAUGAUUUCUAUGGAUUGAAGUGAGAAAUCACAUCAAUAUUUUCAUUUCCCAUCAUUGAUCUUCUGCUACUUUGUUGUUCAAUUAGAACAUCAAUUACUUACAUUUAUUUUUUUUCCCAAAUGGCAGAAGACCACAUUUUUGUUUAAAUGUUUCAAUGGGGUUUUGUAACAAACAUGUCAACCCCGUUUGAUUAUUACUAUGAUAAAUACAAUGACUUGUUUGGAUCAUCUGGUAAUGGCUAAAAAGUCCCCCAUAUGAGUUUCGCAUUAAGGGGUUGUGACAAAUGCAUGCAUGCAACCAGGAUCUUGAAAGUAUUAUAGUUUGAGAUUGUUACCUACUUUGAAGGAAACAAAAAAUGGGUUUGAAUUUAAGGGACAUUCAACUUCGUUUUUCAAGAAUGAUUCAUGUUUCAGUUGAGAUUAGCUACACUUUUAUUCGAAGGCAUCCACGAGUUUCGGGUGCUUUGUUGGUCUUCUUCAUUUUGUAUAUAUUUCUUUCUUAUAUUUACAAUUUGUUGGCCUUCUUGUCCCCAUUUUUUGUGUGCAUUGCCAUUUUUGUUAGAAUCUUUUGGAGUUCUGAACAAAGCCACCUUAAAAGUGUCAACAAGGAGGAGAAAAAAGAAGAGAAGAAAAAAGUUGAAUCAAAACUUCUAUCAAACGUGGUAAAGAAUGAAAGACGUGGACUACUUUACAAGUGCCCAUCACACAAUGCAACAAGUAGAAGAAGAAAUUUCACUGGGAAGAAAUUGGAUGUGUAUGGUGGUAUAGAAAUAAAAGCCAAAGAUUUAUCUUCAGUGUUUCGUAAUGAAUUCACUAGACUUAAUAACGACAUUAGAAGGAAUAGAUUUUAUAAGGAAGAGGUUGGUUCUUUGGAGGAUCCUACAAAGCAAGCAUUAUUUUCUGAACCUUCAAUGUUGAACUUUGUGACUUGUGGUGUUGGUUUAGAGAAAAAGGCAAAAAACAAAGAGGAUGAGAAAAAAGCACAAGAGGAUGGCAAUAAAGGUGUAGAAUUGACAGAUGAUGAUCAGAAAAAUGAGAUGGAUCUUGGGACAUGUGAGUUGGAGAGACAUAAAAGGCUAGAGAGUCUUAUAGCCAGAAGAAGAGCAAGAAAGCAAUUAAAGUUGCAGAUUGAGAAUGGUCUAAUUGAUAUGAAAUCAGUUAUCCCAAGCCAAAUUGCUCCACUAUUUAUUACAAGACUCAAUCCAUUUGAUUCUCCAAGAGGGUUUGAUGGCAUAGAAAUGCCUGGUUCUGCACCAUCUGCUUUGAGAAGCCCAUUUGAUAUUCCCUACGAUCCUUUUGAGGAGAAACCCAAUCUCACUGGGGACAGUUUUGAUCAAGAAUUGAAGAAUUUGUUAAUAGAACCUAGACGAGAAGAUCUUCAAGCCAGAGAAUCUAGGUUGGCACACUCAAGAGUUAGAAGGCUUGAAGGUAAAGGAAAUGAUGACAAGCUUGAACAACCAAUAUCCAAAGAAGACAGUGAAAAUGAAUCAAAACCUUCUAUUCCAUCAAGUGAAGAAGAGGAAACAACACAUGAAGAGGAUAAGAAAUGUGAAAUUGAUAACAUAGCUGACAUCACAGGUGAGGAAGUGGACAAUGUUCAAGCAACAAAAUCCAAUUCAGACCACACAAGUGAGUCAAACUUAAUUCCAAUGAUCAAUGUUGAAAGAUCUGAAGUUUCAGAGAAACUAGAAUUACCAAGAGUUCCUAAGCCUCAAGUAGGGGGUCUCAAUUUACCAAUAUCAAGUACUUGUGCUACUAAAAUAAAUGAUUCUCUGUAUGAAUCUUUUUCACCUCCUAUUAUUAAGAACCAAGAAAAUAUGUUAAUUGGUGACCCAACCUCUCACAAACCUUCAUGCUCUUUAGCUUCUGACUUACAAGUGGAGGUUUCUGAGGUUGGUUCACCAACACUAACAGUUGAUGAGAACCAUGAGGUUGCUACAACCACAGAUGGAGAAUCCAUAAUAUAUGAUGGAGACAUUGAUAAAGAUGUUACUUCUGGUAGUGAAGACAUGUGGGGAGCCUCACUCCAUUUAAGAGAAGUACGUAGAGUAAGUGAGCAAGAUAUUUCAGAAAUAAACAACUGGAGGGACAUUUCUUCACCCCUUUCUUUACAAAACAUAGAUGAAGAAAAUGUAGCUGAUGACUCUAUGUCCUCAAGAUCAGACAUUCCCGAUGAUACUCCAACCUAUGUAAUGAAUAGUGACCAUAACAACAUAUUUGGUAAUACAAAAGAUUUUUUAACAGAAAAUGGUGCACCCCGACCUUCUCAUUCUCCAGUUGUAUCAUCACGUUGGAAGCGAUUGAUGGAUAAUCGUGUUAAUCGUUCACUUCAUGAAAAGAAUUCAAAAAAACCCAUAGAAUUGUUAAACAUCUCAGAGAAUUCAAGUAAGUCACAAGUUAUUAAUGAUGGGAACAACUCAACAGUCUCUGAGCAAGUUAACACACAUAACUCAAGAGGUGAUGGAGAACUUGGUAUAUCAGAUUCAAUUAUGCAACAAGAAGCAACUGAUGAAGUCUCAAACAACUCAAGUUCAUCAUCUUCACCAAGGUCUGUAUUGUCAAUAGCACCAAAGACCACAACUGACCAAGUUUCCAUGCCAACUUUCAAUAAAGAGACGCACCUAGAUGUUCAACAGUCCAACAUGCAGGAAAUAAAACAAGAAAUAUUAAAUGAAGGUCCCCUUGACCCCAUCCCUCAAAAUAUUCAACCUUCCAUAGAUGACCCAAAUGUUGAAUCACGUAGUAAUGACAUGAUUCAUCCUCAGGAACAAACUUGUCCACCGGAGAACUUCAUUCAAGAAUCAAAUAUAUCUACCAAGAUGAAUGAUGUAGGAGUUUGUAACAAGGAAGAUGAAAAUAAGUUAAAGAAUGAUGAGACUAAUGGAGACAAAUUUACUCCAAAAGUUAGUCAAGAUGCUUCAAUUGAACCUUUUAGACCAUCAGAGAGGAUGACUUCAAAGGAUAUAAGUGAGAAAUCAAGAGAAGAAUUUGAUGAAAAAGUGCCAUUGAUUUCUCUAAUACUAGAAUCAUCCUCGGAAAUUCAAGAAGAGAAUGAAGAAAACUCACCAGAAGAGGCAACCAUGAAACCAUGUAUUAAUACUGAAGUAACAGACACAAGUUCUGAUGAAGAUUUUGAAGGAAAACGCAAUAACUUGAAUGAAAAUGAAGCCAUGCUCUCAUCAUGUUUAUCGGCGGGAGACACUAACAAGUUGAAAGAAAUAGACAAGCCAAAACAUAGUUCGGAAGAGGGGAAUUAUUUGCAAAAUGAGUCAAAGCAAGUAGGUGAAAAUCAUAUGGACAAGGAAAAAGUGGAGGAAGAUGAUAUCUCUAAAGACUCUCCACUACCAAUUACCACUGCAGCAACCAACUUUAAAGACCAAGAAGGAAAAUGUGAGAAGAUGAACAAGAAUGAAGCCACUAACCAAGAAUUAAACAAGAACGAAAUCAUUGCUAAAUCUGAACCUGUUGAAGAAACUGAUCUGGAAACAAACAUAAACAAGUUGAGAGAAACAGACAAGGCAAAGCAUAGUUCAGAAGAAGUUAAUUAUUUGCAAAGUGAGUCAAAACAUGUGGUUGAAGAUCAUAUGGAGAAGGAAAAGUUGGUUACAGAUAAUAUCUCUGAAGACUCUCCACUACCAAUUACCACUGAAGUAACCAAUUUUGAAGACAAAGAAGGAGAAUGUGAGAAAAUGAACAACAAUGAAGCCAUUGACCACAAAUUAAACAACAAUGAAGUCAUUGUUAUAUCUGAACCCACAAAAGAAAUUAAUGAGAUAACAAAUAUAGCACACAUGAAAGACCUUGAAGAAAAGACUUCAACUUGAAUACAUUGAUACACCAAAGCCAUGUAAACCAAACGAUCCUCAAGAAAUAGGAUUUUCCCAACAAUUGAGUCAGCACAACUAGCAAGUUGUGGUGAUGACCAUAAGGACUUGCCGAAACCAAGGCAAUCACUAAAUCAAUUAUUACUAGCAAAGAAGCCAAUGAAGAUCUAGUAGAGGAUUCUGAAGUGGUGCACCUUGGCUAGAGAAAGUGAAGUUCCAUUAGUUAUUGUUCAGGAGUUUGAACUUGUCAAAACCAUAAGAUUAACAUAGUGUUUCAGAUAAAUUAAUCAAUUUUCAGUGCAUGGAUUCAGUCCAUGGUUCUGUAGAUGUUUGUAACAUAUUCUAUUAGUCACACUGCACAUACGCUAUCAUGUUCACGUUCACAAUGUACAAAGUAAGACACAUAGAAGGUCCCUUGUAUCUAUUAUAUACCCAUAUUAUAUCUCAAACUCAAAUUAUCAUCAUCA